GAUCCGCAGGCAGUCAUUUCAAAUCCUGCCGACGAAAAAGCGAGACACUUGUCAACUCUCCACACGUGAUUCUGAUAUCCUCCCCAUGUCGUCAGACGCAUAGGAUAAUUUGGCGGCAACCAUGAUCAUCACCGCUCAAAGCCUCGAUCGAUCGAUCAAUCAAACCAAAAAAAUCCCCUUUUUCCAUUACGUAGCCCUAAUUAAAAAAAAACCGGCUAUAUCCGGUAAAAUAACCACAUUGACUUUUGUGGCGGCAAAACGCCUUCACGCCUAAGCCCUAAAGAAGCAAACGGGCUGAUCCGGUUACCUUUUUCUAUCAAGUUUUUCACAGCUCUCUGUAGAAAAUAGAAAUGAAGGGAGCUAGAGGCAAGGGUGCAGCGAGGAACACGGCCGAAGCCUUGAGGCCUGCUGACGACAGAAAGGUUGGGAAGCGGAAGGCGCUCGUCGACACAAGCAGCAUUCGGAAAGCCAAGAAGGAGAGAAGGGCUAUGAAAGACCCUAACAAACCAAAGAGGCCUCCUAGUGCUUUCUUUGUGUUUCUUGAGGAGUUUAGAGCUACUUUCAAGAAGGAAAAUCCCAACGUGAAGGCUGUAUCAGCUGUUGGGAAAGCUGCGGGCGAGAAGUGGAAAUCCUUGUCUGAGGAUGAAAAAGCUCCUUAUGAGGCCAAAGCUGCAAAACGGAAGGCUGACUAUGAAAAGCAAAUGAAUGCCUACAACAGGAAGCAGGAAACUACUGCUAAUGGUGAGGAGUCGGAGAAGUCGAAAUCGGAAGUGAAUGAUGAAGACGACGAGGCUAGCGGAGAGGAAGGACAAGAACAGCCGGACGAUGAGGAGGAGGAAGAAGAGGAAGAAGACGGGGAUGACGAUUGAAAAGGUGAAUGGUUGACUUCGGACAUAAAAUGGUUAACAUUGGAGAAAAGAUUCUAGAUUUUGUAUGUUUAUAAUUACACUUGUAGGUCAAAUGUGGUAAAAACUCUUUGGAGUACCGUAACAUCCUGAUGCUAUGAGCAUCUUUCUUGCUUUAUAUAACUACUAUUCACCAACAAAGAGCCAUAUCUUCUCGUUAAA